UCGGCUCUCCCACAGGGGCCAAGAUACACUGGCAGUGGCACAGCUUAUGUUAUGAGUUUGGUUUAGUUUAGUUCAGAGGCCGGCUCCACUCCGAGCUCACGUGCUGUGCUAUAAUACAACAGUGACCAAGUUAUUUAUCUCAACCAUGGCAAACAUUCUUGAUGUGUCCACGGAUGACAACCUGCAAUACCAAUUCUUCCCGGUGUCCAGCGGUUCGGUCCAGUUCAAGAUAAGAGCUCCAAAUGACGCGCACAUUGCUCUCACCAUGGCCCCUCAGGAGUCUGAACCGAUGUAUGAGGUUUUCAUUGGUGGUUGGGGUAACACCAAGAGUGUAAUCAGGAGGAACAGAACAAAACCAGAGAAAGUUGAAAUCGACACCCCCAAUAUCCUCAACGCCGGCGAAUUCCGUGGUUUCUGGGUGCGUUGGGACGGCGGCGUCAUUUCCGCUGGCCGGGAGGGAGAGGCCAUUCCUUUCAUCUCUUGGUGUGACCCUCAGCCUUUCCCGGUCGGUUUCGUCGGUGUGUGCACCGGCUGGGGUGCCACUGGCACUUGGAAAAUUGAAGAUGGAGCCGAGUUCAAUACGCCCGACAAGUUAGAAUAUAAAUUCGGGCCCGUCGCGGCCGGCUCGUUGGAACUCGAAUACCGCGGUCCGCACAAUUGUCACAUAUGCCUCACGUCAGCGCCCGCUGAAAUCGACCCGAUGUACGAAAUCAUCCUCGGCGGUUGGGAAAACACACAAUCCGUCAUCAGACACUGCAGGCAGAAGCCCGACAAGGUGACCCUCCCGACUCCGGGUAUAAUGAAUCCUAACGAGUUUAGGAAGUUCGUCAUCGAGUGGCGCUGUGGGAGACUGAUGGUUCGUGACGGAAGAUCUGGUGCACCCUUGAUGGAGUGGAUGGACCCUUCGCCUUUCCCAGUGACCCACUUCGGCGUGCGCACUGGGUACGGCGCGAGAGGAAAUUGGCGUAUUUCGCAUUUCGGCAGAGGCGGUGCCCAGCCACUCCUGCCCCCACCGUCUGCUCCGUCUGCCGCUGCCCUCUACAGUCCUCCCCCUGGCUACCCCGGAAUCGCCCCGGUGUCCGGCGGUGCCGGCAUUUGGGUAGACGCCACGUCUGGCCAAGUGCCCCCGGGGGCUGUGGUCGGAGGCCAGGAUUGCUCGGGAGAGCCCAUCUACGUCGCCAGAGCGCGACAUGAGGGAGCUUUGAUCCCUGGCAAACUCGCGUCGUCCCACGGAUGCGCGUACGUGCCGUGGGGUGGCAAGGAAAACGGCAAGAACGAGUACCAGGUGCUAGUCGGUGGUCCGAACAGCUGGAUGCCGACCAGCGGUUCAAACAUUCCUCCUGGUGCAUUCCCCGGAGGCGAAUCCGAGGACGGCGAGCCUCUGUUCAUCGGCAGAGUGAGCCACGAAGGUAGCCUCACUACCGGCAAGGUGCAACAAUCUCACGGCGUCUGUUACAUCUCCUUCGGCGGCCAAGAGUUAGGCUUCCCCGACUACGAGAUUCUCGUUGCCUAAACUCGACCCCUUACUACGUCAAUCCAAUUCGUGUUCUAUCAGUAAACUGAACUGUCGAUUACUACCUCCAUUAUUGUUCAAGAGAAAACGGCUUCGUGAUAAAGUGCCUUUUAUAACAAGUUUUUUUUUUAAUUAUAUAUUUCAGACUUGUUUUCUCAAUUGAAUAAGAAGUGCCUAUCUAGAAAUACAUGCAAAUGAUGCAUUUUGGAAUUUGCCUAUUGUUCGAUAGACCUUAUACCUAGCAUGUAUUUGUAUGAAAUAAAUUGUGCGUUGCAUAAAGUCACCAAAUAUUAUUAUAUACGUUUGAUUGUGGGUAGAUACAAAUUGGAUUGUAUUGUCGAUUUAGAUGUGUAUAAGCGCUUUCAAAGCUUCGUGUCGUUGAACAUUCAAGGCUUUAUUAAUAAAACGUAAGGAAAUAUUAUGUACUGUGGUAAAUAUAUUCACAUCGUGCCUGGUAAUCUCAUUUUAAUGCACUGCGUAAUGCUCUCGUAGUCAUGUUGUUAUUUGAUGUAACAGCCAUGUUAUAUUUUUAUUAAAUUAUUUUUAAAUGUG